AUGGCUGAUAUAAACCGGAUAGUUCGUCAUCUAUUACUGCUGUUAUUCGUAGUAACUUCUCUUGGCAAUCAGAAUGUUUGUGAACAAAAAAUAUGUAAAUGUUCGGUGAAAAACGGCAAAUCAAGGGUCGAUUGUCGCAGCAAUGGCAUAACAGAAAUCUACCCUCAAGAACAAUUUCCGAACGACAUGCAAAUCUUGUAAGUGCUAUUGUGAUCUUUACACUUGGCAACGAAAAGUUUGAAGAAUGUUUUGUCAGUUUACUGUUAUAAUUCCCCCAGAAAACACGCGUACAUAGCUACGUUUUAUGUCAAUAAUUUUUCAGCAUGCGUUUCCAAUGUUUGUUUACGUUCUAUGACUAUGGUUGGGUUAUGUGCCUACGGGAGAACGUGUCCAUUUCGUUGUUUUAUGGGUUAUUUGUACACAAAAUCCCUAACUGUAUUUUAUUUCUUCUAGGGAUCUGUCGAAAAAUAAUAUAUCCAUCAUAAGAAAUGGAUUUUUAGAUCAUCAAUUUAAACUAAAGCGUUUGUAAGUAUUGCUUUUCAAUAUUUGGGAAAACAUGUUUAUUAAUGUUCCUGUUUUGAUCCAAAUGAACUAGCAGAUACGAGAUAUCUUACUAAAAUAGUUUUUUACUUCCUAACGCUUAUUUUUCUCGUUUUUUUUUGGAAGUGAAUACUUUUCCUUUUCUGUUUGAAAGCUGACAAAAUUAACAAAAUGUUGCAAAUUAACGACCUCUUCGCUUUGUGUCAUUGUAUAUGCAAUGCAUUUUUUUAUAUUGGGCAUUAACAUUUUGAAAACAGUCGGUUUAGCAAGAAAAUAUCGAACAAAUAUGCCAUGUUUUUGAUAAAAAACUUUGGCACAUCGUGAAAUUUAAUAGUAGCUUUUAUGCCCUUCCUUUGUUUGUCUCCUUGAGAUAAACCACAAAAUUAGUUUUGCAAAGCCAAUCUGUGCACGUUAAUUUACUUUCCCUGGCAGAUUUUACGUCAAGAACUAAUUAUCUUAAACGAAUUCAUCUGCGCUGACGACAAAGUUUCCCAAAAGCAAGAAAUUGUUCUAUGUUUACACAUUUUAAGGUCGAAAACAACAUGAAUUACAUGACAUUUGGCUUUGCCACAGGAAAUGGAAAUUUUUGGUUUCCAUUGGGUUUCUACAUUUCCUUCCUUGACUGAAUUGAAGUUAUACAAUUAAUCGAUUUAGAUUGAACUUUAGAAUUUGAAAUAUGGAGAAAGCUGAUUUUUAACACUGACAAUCUCUCAGUGUUGUAACUUUGGUGGGGAAAUACAAUAUGCCUCGCUAUAUAUAGCCUGUGGUUUUGUUUGCACACUGUCUGUUAGCUUUGUAUUGUAUUUUAAAUAGCUGUGUGCAAGAUAAAUGUUUGGCAUUGUUUGCCUCAUUUGAAAGUCAUGGGUUGUCAGUUUAGGGUUUAGCUUGGCUAGAUUGCACAGUUUGGCAAAAUGUCACCUCACCAAUGUCACCUUCAGUAACAUGACCCACUGUAGACACUAUGAUCCAGUCUAUGAUCUGUUUAGCUUUUAGAUCUGUUUCGACGCCAGGUUGAACACAAAUUUCUGAAAGUACGAAUUGUAGUCCGGGGGGGGGGGUUGGUUGACAAGUCAACUUGUCGCUCUUGCAGUGCGCCAAAUUUUACCGACGUAUUAACCGUGGUUAGCCAAAGGUAACAACUUUGUGAAUGGUAGAAACUUUGUGCCGUUAUUGUCUUAUAUGCCCAGGGUUUAUUCCAGUCUGGGUUUUUUUAUGUUUGUAUUCAGUCAGAUAAACAGAAAUACAAUAAAUGCCUUUUUCGGAUAAGAAAAAUGGUGUUUGAUACAAUUAUGAUGGAAGCACUUGCAUGUAACUAAUGUGAAAUUAUAAUCUGAAAACUGAAUUAAUUGCAGCAAUACAUGCUUCUGGAAAGUACGUCACCUUGCCUGUACAGUCCAGUGCCGUAGCCAGAAUGAUGGUGGGAGCACAUAUUCAUAUAUUCAUACUCACACACCAUAAAAACAAUUGAUUUCAAAAGAAAUUAACAAAGCAGAACACAAAUAUAUGAAUAUGUGCCCCCCCCCCAAUUAUCGUUCUGGCUACGGCACUGGUACAGUCUUGUUUUUGUGACGUUAGCAUUUAGCUAAUGUCACAUACAUGAAAAUAAGGCUAUAUAUAGCCAUUUCCUGAAGGGUGUAUUGAACCCUGGUUUAGGCAAAGUGAAAGGCCCAGCCAGCACUUAUUGUUAUAUGCUGACACAAUAAACACCAAAAGGAAAUAAUGAACAGGUAGCAGUAGCUUGUAGGUUAUUUUAGGCUGUUUAUUUUUCUAAAGGUAUCUGCAGAAGAAUGCCAUCAAACAGUUGGAAAAGAGAGCAUUUGUUGGACUUGGUGACUUAAACCGACUGUAAGUGGAACCAGUCACAUUUGGCAUUUCUUUUAUAAUGUUGACAUAAAACAAUCUUUAAAUUUUGCAUGAUGUAAGAUUCUCCUGUUCAUAAGUCAAUAGGUCAAUGCAAACAUUCUACAAUAUCUUUCUAUCAUUCUUGUCAUCCUCAUCCUUACUUUUUGUCUUUUUCAACCUUUUUUUUCUUCACUCUCAUUUCCAUUGUUCAAGGUCAUGGGGAUGGGGUGAGAGGGGUGCACCCAUAAUCUCCAUGGCCAGGUAGGAAUGUGUUACAAAUGUAGUGUCAUUUGACUAUAUAUAUAUAUAUAUAUAUAGCCAAUAGUACAUCCAACAAAUGGAUAGGAAGAACUUGAUUUGGGUCCCAAAUGUUUAGCUGGGUCCCAACAUUGAUUUUAAAAUCAGCCCCUAGGCCACACCAUCUGCAGGGCCCCUUCUCAAGUUAAACCCAGGUAAAGUUGGGCCUUUCUAAUGCUGUCUGCUAUUUCUGCUGUUCUGAAAUUCCAACAAUCAUCUGAGAACAUUAAUUUAAGAAGUCUAUCUUCAGCCAUACCUGUAGCUUAUAACCAGUACAAAAUAGUUUGUAACUAUUGUUUUACCACAAUGCUGUAGGUCCAUAAAACAAAAUAAACUUGUCCAACUUAAAGAAAAUACGUUUCUUGGACUUCCUAAACUGGUUGCUCUGUAAGUAGCGUUUAUAGUCACUUGUACACAGUUGUUAUCCAUUCAAAGUAAAUUUUGUUGCAUUCUCAGACAUUAUUUCAUUCCAGCGUGAAAAUUCUGUUUUUUUCUGUCACUUUUUAAUGUAUUAUGCUAUUAUCAAUGUUUCUUUGCAUGUUGUAGUGAUUUAAUGGGUAAUAGAAUCAAGAGCAUCAAUAAACAUGCAUUUUUUGGAUUAAAGAAUUUAAAUAAAAUGUAAGUGUUGAAUUGUGAGUCAGUAAAUUUUACUUCAAAAAGUGUUAUUUCAUAAAAUUAUAAUCAUGUAAUUUUUGUAGAAAUUUGAAAAAUAACAGUUUUACAACGAUUUUAAAUGGCACAUUUGAUGAACUAACUUCUCUGAAAAGGAUGUAAGUAGCAUUUAGUCAGUUAAGCCCCCGUCCUUGAUUAAUUAAGCACCACUGAUGAUUUAUCAGAUUUAAUUGAGUGAGUGAGUGAUGUAUGAGCUAAAAAUUCAUUGUAAAGGAGUUCUGUCUGCAGGUAUAGAACUACUCGAGUACAUAAAUAACAAUAAACUUGCAUAGUGAACCUAACUUCUCUCUUCAUCAUACCAGUGACUAUCUUUUACUGUGGAAAAAUACAAGUAAAACUUCGACCUUUCGAGCGAAGGGGGCCGACAAAGCCAUUAUGGGCCUUUGGCAGCUUGAAACGUUGAAGUUCUGAAACACCGUUCUGAAAAAUACUGAAACUGACUCAAUCCAGAUUCCUGAGCAUGGUUGUUCAAAGCUGGAUAAUAGUGCUAACCCUGGGUUAAAAUUUAACCUGCUGUUUUAGUUUAUGUAUUUCUGGCUUUUGGCACAUCCAUCUGUUUUAAAACUUCACAGAAGAAAACUCUCAAUGGUCCCAGCAAAAUGUGUAAAACUCCUCAAACUCCCAGCAAAAUGUGUAAAAAUGCAUUAAACGCUUAAAAAUACGUAUAAAAAGUUUAUCUCAAUUUGCUAUCAAGCGAUUUAUUUGUGUAGCUCAUUAUGCAUGCAGAUUCCGAUGUUUACGUCAUUGUAUUUUCAUAUAGUAGGAUAAUAUACUAUAUGAAAAUACAAUGAAGUAAACAUCGGAAUCUGCAUGUAUAAUGUAUUAAUGAGCUACACAAAUAAAUCGCUUGAUAGCCAAUUGAGACGAACUUUAUAUGUAUUUUUAAGCGUUUAAUGCAUUUUUACACAUUUUGCUGGACCGCCUAUGGUUAUUCUGUAUUUUUAACUAUCCAUGCAGAUAUCCUGUUCAUUGUUGGCAAACAAAAUCUCUUCAUUAGAAUCCAUAACAACGCUAAAGGCCAGGUUGCUAAACAAGAAAUUCGGUUUUAAAACGUAAACCUAAAAAAACCCGUAAACCCCCCCCCCAAAAAAAACCCGUAAAAACGCACAAGUUGUUACAGGUCUGCAACAAGUUGUUACAAAUCUGUUCACAAUCUGUCAACAAGUUGUGUUCGCACUGCUUGUUCCCAGUUGUUGUAACAAGUUUGGACCAAGCUGUUAACAACUUGUAGCAAGCUUGAUGGCAUUAUCAGACUUGUCAAAAGGUUGUUCUAACAAGUCUGAUGCAGUCAUGACAAACAAGAAUGUUGCAAGGUUGACGACACAAGGUUGUAACAAUACUGCUAUAUCAUGACUGUAUCGGACUUGUUGGAACAACCUUGUUCAGGCUUGUUACAAAUUGUUGACAGCUUGUUCCAAACUUGUUGACAACUUGUGACAAGCAGUGCGAAGACAACUUGUUGACAAACUUGUUACAAGAUGUGAGAUUUUUGCGCGUGUAUCCGAAAAAACUCGCAUCUUGCAGCAAGUCUUGUACCAAGUCUGCCAACAAGCUGUCAGGAAGAGCAUUGGGCUAGUAUUCCAAUGGUCGUAGGUUCGAAUCCCGCCGUGGCCAGGCAUAUUUUUCAAGCCUGCCCGGUGUGGAUAUACACUCAGAGUAACAUCACACAAACAUCUUAUUCACCUGAGUACAUUACACCAACACAGCAGAUUGCAAGCUGUCAACAAGUUCUAUUCACACUGCUUGUCCCAAGUUGUCAACAGGUUUGGACAACCUUGCCAACAGUUGUAACAACCUUGUUGAUUAUUAUCAGAGUUGUUGCAAGGUUGUUCCAACAAGUCUGAAACAGUCAUGAUAUAACAAUAUUGGUACAACCUUGUGCUGUCAAUCUUGUAACAUUCUUGUUAUAUCAUGACUGUAUCAGACUUGUUAGAACAACUUUGUAACAAGUCUGAUCAAGCUUGGUACAAGUUGUUAACAGCUUGCUCCAAACUUAGUUCUUACCAGGUUGAUGACAAUAAGCUCAAGCAACUUGUUACGAACAGCCUGUAUUAAUCUUGUUGGAAUAACUUGUAUAACAAGUCUAUUCAGGGACGCCGGAACUGGGGGGGGGGCAGGAGGGGCAGCUGCCCCUGUUGUCUUUUGCUAGGGGGGGGGCAAGAGGGGCAGAAGUGCCCUUUUAGUUGUAAAAUACUACCUGAUAAAUCACUUUUCCAUUUCGGGCAAAAUCAUGAGAUUCAGGUAAUCUAUAGGCGCAGAGAAAGUUAAUUUACAAAAAUAAGUGUGAAUUUGGAAAAGAAUGAGGUUAAUUUACAAAAAUUGUAGAAAAUUUUUGGAUUUUAGAGAGAAAAAAAUUGGAUAAAUGGAGAAAAUUGCUGAUGUUGGGAAAAAUUUUUUUACGUCACGGAAAAUUUUUGUAUGUCCGGAAAAAAUUUUUGACCCCUAAAAUGGUACACUGACUGAAAUUUUUUUUGCGACGGGGGGGGGUGUCGCCAAAAAAAUUAAUGUAAAAAAAAUUUCAGGUAAAUUUCGAACUUUUGAUCUAUAGAGGUGCCUUUGGUGUGCGUCUGCCCCCCCCCCCUUUGCCUUAGCCUUUGCCUUUUUAUCGUUCCGGCGUCCCUGAGCCUAUUACCGUCAUCAACCUUGUUACAAGGUUAUAACAACUUCUUCUAGACUUGUCACAACAGCUGGGAACAGGCAGUGGGAACACAUCUGAUGUUGGCUUGACAUAACCUUGUUACAAGUUGUUCGCAGCAGUCUGUCGCAAUUUGCACGUUUUUACGUACGUGUGUACGUGAACUCCGAGGCAAAAUCGUUCAAAUUUAUGUAUGCGAUUCCGUAUUCAUUUGGCCUCGUGUGAAUGAAACCACAAACUGAAAACAGUGUGAUCAAAGAUAUUAAAAAUAUUUUGCAAGUUCAAAACUUCAAUAACAAAUAUCGCUAAUUAAGAACAAAUAACUUUCCGUCUUUUGAUUUUCGCGUUCUUUCGUUUUGAGAUUCCGCGGGCUUCGUUUGGUUAUUUGGUAUCUUCGUAAACGUCACUCAUGACUUUUGUGAGACUGAUAUGUUCUGCUAUGAGAUUACGAUGCAUUACUGUCAUAACGCGAUACAACGUACGUAUAAACUCAAACAUGAAUCUUCGUAUUUUCGCCAGAUUUUGUUCGAUUCUCUCCACUAAAUAGCCAAUGGCGAUAAGAAUUUUUGCCAAUGUGUCUCCAAAUUCCACUUUCUUCAUUAAAAGUAGAUGAAUGUUUUGAAUAAGACGUUGUAUCUCGGAGGAAAGUUCGUCUAAUUCCGCCAUAAUUUGGGAAAGACUGUCUAAAGCAAUAAAUGUAACCUCUCCAUCUGUUUUUAAAUCCAUUUUUGAGCAAACGUUCUCAGAUUUUAGUAGAAGAAUCCUUGUUAAGAAGGAUUGUUUAACAGCAUAAGAUUGCAGACUUAUCAAGUUUAACAAACGAGGCCAAAAGCCACAAGGCCAGCUGUUGUGAUUACAUAUUUAAUGUAAAUGAAUUCUGGCAACUUGACGUUAUUGCGCUAAUUCAAAACCACACACAAUUCGUUAGGUGAAAAGAGUCAGCCAACCGAAAGUCGUGGGUUUUCCCAGUUGUUGUCAACAAGUUUGGAACAAGCUGUUAACAACUUGUAACAGCUUGAUGACAUUAUCAGACUUGUUACAAGGUUGUUCUAACAAGUCUCACACAGUCAUGAUAUGCCAAGAAUAUUACAAGGUUGACGACACAAGGUUGUAACAAUAUUGUUAUAUUAUGACUGUAUCGGACUUGUUCGAACAACCUUGCAACAAGUCUGGUAAUUCCAUCAAGCUUGUUAACACUUAACUGCUUGUUCCAAACUUGUUGACAACUUGAGAGUCCAGGGGUAGAAAAAAUAGGCGAGCACGCGAGCACUGCUCGCAGGAAAUGUUAAACAGCUGCAGGAAAUUCCUUUAAAUGAAGAUUUGCUAUUGGAAAUUUGAAGGAAACCUUAACACCUAUGUCCCACUAUGGGCGCAACAACAUAUGGUUGACAGACAUUAUUCCUUGAAUUUAAAACCAUGGUCGGCUAGAACACUUUAUGUUUAUGCACAUGAAGGAUUUAGCACAAAAAUACUCGUUGGUCUGCAGGAAAUUUUUGUCUCCAGGUUGUGCUCCCAGGAAGAAAAUUCUUUUUCCUGCCCUGCUUGAGACAAGCAGUGCGCGAACACAACUUGUUGACAGCUUGUUGCUGGGAGACUUUGCGAUAAGAUGUGAGAUUUUUACGAGUGUACUUAACAUACACGCGUAAGAAUCUCACAUCUUGUAGGAAGUCUGUCAACAAGCCGUCAACAAGUUGUGUUCGCACUGCUUGCCCCAAGUUGUCAACAAGUUUGGAACAAGCUGUUAACAACUUGUUGAUACUAUAAGACUUGUUGCAAGGUUUUUCUAACAAGUCCAAUACUGUUAUAAUAUAACAAUAUUGUUACAACCUUGUAGCAUUCUUAUUAUAUCGUGACUGUAUCGGACUUGUUAAACAACUUUGCAACAAGUCUGAUAAUGCCAUCAAGCUUGUAACAAGUUGUUAACAGCUUGUUCCAAACUUAUUUCAACAACUGGGAACAAGCAGUGCGAACACAAUUUGUGGACAGCUUGUGAACAGAUUUGUAACAACUUGUUUGCAGACCUGUGACAACUUGUGCGUUUUUACGUGUGUACCUCAGAAGCUAGAGGGAAAUUAAUGAGAAUGAAAAGUAACAGCGCAGUGUAAUGCGAUCCAUGCUUAGCAGUAGUGGUAUAUUUCUGUAUAUUGUGGCAAUAAACCCUUCCGGAAGGUGUGCCAUCUUGCGUAUAGACCCUCGUUUUCGUGGAUGUGAGAGAUUAGUAACGUCUCAAUCACGAAAGCACGGCUCUAUAGCCAAGAUGAUGCACUUUUUGGAAGGAUUCAUUGUAUAAAAAAGUAAUUGCUUUAACCUUCCUUUUAGCGACAUGAAAGCAGUGCCACUUCAUUGUGAUUGUAAACUCAAUUCCUUCGCGGCAUUUUUAACGAAGGCACCGGCUGCUCUAAAAGUCCUAGGCACGUGUGACGAUACUAAUGACAAGCUGGUCGAUAUUAAAGGAACCAAUCUUUGUGGUAAUUAUCUUUUUGCAAUAUAGAUGUCCUUUUGAUAACGUUCUCUUUUCUAUUUUCAAACCUUCGGAGUGUGUUUUGACUAUUUUUCUGUUCUGUGGCCAAAUUUUAUUUAUCAAAUUUCAAGGCUCUGAGUUAACGCCCGUUUACACUUGCGAUUUUAGGUGCGAUUUUAGGUGCGAUUUUCGUCUUCUGAUGGAUGUGAACGAGUGGAUGAGUCAGGGAUGGAUCCAGCAUGGUCUGGUAGGGGGGUGCUCCGCCAAAAAAAAUUUUCGGAAAGCAACAACCUCCCCCCCCCCCAUCGACAACUUUUUAGGGAAAAAUUUUUUCCGGACGAGUACGUUGCAAUUGCUUUCCAGCGACUUUACACAUCCAUCAACUUGCUUAACCACUGCAAAGUCUAGCUACAGUAUUUGAAUUGUAAUUGUUGUUCACAGUUCGCUUAUCAUCAUGUUAUUACUCAAAUUACUGAAUCUCAUUUUGUCUCUGAUAAUUUUUUGCUUUAUCAUGAAAAAUAGCACCCCCCCCUGCACCCCUCCUGGCCAGGGCUAGGGGGGUGUGCACCCCCCUGCACCCCCCCAGUAAAUCCAUCCCUGGGAUGAGUUAUGUUCAGAUGACGACUUGCAUGAUGAUGUUAAAUAUACUCUACUCGUUCACAUGCAUCAGAAGACGAAAAUCGCAUCAGAAAUCGCUGCAAAGAUUUAUGCAAGUGUUAAACGGUCCUUUAUGUUUCCUAUUGCCAAAAUUGACUUUCUCACGCCCAAUUGCUCAAAAGGUCCCCUCCUCCUGUGGUCCACCGCCGCAACUCGCAAGCUACGCGGUCCGAAACCAAACUGCAACAAAUUAUUUUUAGUUACUUGCAAAUAUAUAUAUAUAUUUAUUUGCUUAAGAUUUUGGUUUACGAAACACAAACAGUGCUCAAUACCAUAUAGAUAGAGCGUAAUAUAGUUUUUCGUUUUACCUCAAAAAACCACAACAGUCUGUUUCAUCCGUAUAGGAAUCAUCAGGUGGUCUGAUGAUUCCUAUACGGAUGAAACAGACUGUUGUGGUUUCUUGAGGUAAAACGAAAAACUAUAUAUUUAUUAUAUAGUAGAGGGUGAGAUACUGAAAAAUACACAGUGAGAUAUUUUCCAUGUCUUCACUAGUGAAGGUAUCGAUCACGUGACUUUUAGUAUUUAUGCAAUUUUUUGCUUGGGACUAUAUAAUAAACAGAACAUUACAUUACACGGUGGCUUGAAGAUAUGACUUUUAUCUCCUCGUGUUAAAAACAAUAUUUUAUUCACUCGCUGCGCUCGUUCGUAAAAUAUUGUUUUCACCACUCAAAGAAAAAACUUUACAGUAAACGUCAUAUCUUCGCGCCGCCUUGUAAUAUCCUCUAUAUAUAUAUAUAUAUAUAUAUAUAUAUAUAUAUAUAUAUAUAUAUAUAUAUAUAUAUAUAUAUAUAUAUAUAUAUAUAUAUAUAUAUGUAUGUAUAUAUAUAUAUAUAUAUAUAUAUAUAUAUACAGGCAUAUAGGGAGACCAAUGUCGCCACAUGAAAUAAAAUAUUUCUAAACUAUUUUUCUAGAAAAACAAGAGGCUGUUAUCAACCCAAGCGAAGAUCAGAUAGUUUCGGUUGGUGAUAGUUUCGUUAUUACGUGCAGAAUAGCUACCAAACGUAAACGAAACCUUUACUGGAGGAAGAACCAAAACCCACUGCCUAAACUUGUGCAUGUCGUGACGCAUUUUGACGGAAAAAGGGUGAUGACUUUGGUGAAAUUUGCGUCCAUAAAAUGGGAAGAUGGCGGGACUUAUAUGUGUUAUGGCGAUAAUAGAAUAAUCGCCAAAGAAAUAGUCAUCAGUGUUGUUACAUCUAAAAGUUAUAUGUGUUCACGUAAUACGACGAAAGUUGGUCAUGAUCAUUUUCUUUGGCCUGUGAUAAAGGAACGUUCGACUGCCGUCGCUCCCUGCCCGUGGCCCAAUGACAAAGGCAUUCAGACCAACAUACGGCGCACGUGCACGUCAAAUGGAGUUUGGGGCGAAGUGAAUUUAGGCAAUUGCCAGUUGCUGUCGUUAUCUAAGAAACUGAUUUUGUUAGCCCAGGUAAGUGUGCAUGUGUCAUUGUCGCUAUAUACAAUACACGUGGGUUUCACUUGGCGUUAUGUAUCGAUCAAUUCGAAACUUCACCACCACCACCCCCCCGGGCAUACCCCGGGAAUUUGACUUCAAGUCUUCUCCAGGGAGUAGGGAAUUUGACGUUCUAGGUCUUCCAUGUGGUCGGGCAUUUGAUAACGGGGUGGGGAAUUUGAACCGGAAGUCUUAAAAUUUUGCCCGUUUUCGCGUGCUUCCUGCAUGCACAGAAAAUACUUCGCAUUGGCGGCAAAUACAGUUUUCUCAGAUUUCGAGGGAAACGGCCUCAAUUUUGUGAAAAACUGGCUCAAAGAAACGGGCAUGGAAAAUCUAUGUGCUUCAUUUGAAGGUAUGGACUACAUAAUUGUGUAAAACUGUUAAAUUUCCACAAGGUAUCCAAACUUUUUACGUGAAUUUCGCUAUCUUGUCGAAAAACAUUUCCGCAUAUUUUGUACUUUUUGUAUUUACUGUUUCAUAAUUUUCAUAUGAAGGUGGGGCAUUUGAACGCUUAAUUUCUUGUUACAGUGGGGCAUUUGAAGACAUUUUUGCACAGGGGGUGGAGAAUUUGAUCAGUCAAAUUUCAAAAAGUUCAAAUUCCCGGGGUCGGCCCGGGGGGGGGGGGGUGGUGAAGUUUCGAAUUGAUCGAUACAUUACGGUACAAAUUCAGGAUGUUAGCCAGAAGAUUUAAAAAAUCGGCAACACACCUUUUCGAUAAUUACGUCACAACUACACUAUUUUUAACUUAGGACCACCAUCAAUGGAAAGGAUUUUCCAGUUUUUUUCUCGUGGGCUAUGCACAGAGAAGCAGAACAUCCUUUUUCAACACAUGCAUGAAAAAAAUUCUUUAUUUUGAUCAAUUAUAAAUAUGGAAAUAAGCAUUAACACGAAAACGAGGCCUCGUUUUCGUGUUAAAGCUUAUUUCCACAUUUAUUGGUCAAAAUAAAGAAUAUAUAAUAGUUACGUUUUUGGCUGAUCUACAGUAAAUUGUGAAAUUGCUGGCUAUUUUCUACUGUAGCUCUAACACUCCAGAAUGACGAUUAUGACUGUCAAAAUAUGUACAGACCUAUUUCAGGGAUGAGUUUACUGAAGUCCAUUUUAUUUUAAGUCCUCUUUCGUUAUUUAGUUACUCAAGAAAAAUGAUUUUGUCGACAUUGCGAGAGUUGCAGGACAAUUAAAAUUGUUAACAGAUGCAUCGCCAUAUCAAAGUGCUGAAAAUAUCACUCUGGCGUUUGAUGUCUUUGCUGGAAUUAUUCGAAAGAAUAUACCAUUCAAGGGCAAGGUUGGUACACGUCUUUAUUUUUAUACUAGCUAGAUUGGUUUAUCCGAAUAUUUACAGUAUCCCUUCGCAUCGUGCGAAACAAUUCUACUAGUGAAAAACCGACUUAAGUUUACAUACGGAAAUUGACCCGAUUUUUCAGUUAUUGGAUGAUAUGUUGGCGAGUUUCAACAACGUGAUGGAAGUCAAUGACGGAACACUUUAUGCAGCGGAAUCGAGAGAUCAAUCACCUUCGAGGUACGUUUGAAACUGGAGGACGUGGUGGUCCUGAAUAGGUAGUACAAUAAACUUGAACUGUCUUUGUUAAUGUAGGUAGUGCCAAUCAAAUGAACAAGCUUUCGUUGGUAUAGGGAUGCAACUACCUGAAAAAUAUAAGUUUCAAGCGAAGGCCCUUCGUCUGUAGUAAGGACCUUCGCUCGAAACGUCGAAAUUCUCCUUAUAUUAGACACCUUACGAUUUUAGGACGGCAACGCGACGGCCAAAACAAACUCCUUCAAAUAAAUGUGUUCCAACAAAUUAAAACUUUUAAAUGCAAUUCAAGUAAUUCAGUCGCAAUCCGGCACGCCAGAUUCCACAUGUUCAUACAAUUUGUUUUUUCUACAGACUUGCCACUUACCUGGAAUUAAUUUCUCGUCGACUAUUAAACGAAACGACAUCCCAUGCACUAAGUAAUAUUGUGAUUGGCUCAGUUAAGGAAAUUCAUUCAAAAGAAAACAAAACAUGCAAAGUGUUCUUUGAGACAGAAGUACGGCUACGGCCUGGUGGUGUUUACUGUGAGACAAACAAACGCAAGGUAAGAUCUACUUUCAUAAAAAUACAACUAAAGUUUUGUUUUCUUACUUGGAGCAGUUUAGAAAUGAUAGGUAGCUUUCCAGUCUGAAUAACGUCAGUUCAGGUUGCUUAAUACUGUAAGCGGAUGGCCUUAAUGGAUUUUCAUUCUUAUUACUUGUUAGUUUGAAACUAAUAGAGCUAUCCAGGAUAAGUAGAGGUUGUUUGGUUUGGCCAGCUUUCGCCUUUCGUAUUGUUUCAGUUCCGGUAAAUAUUGCCUCGCCUUCGGCUCGGCUGAUAACGCUUACUUCGACCUUGAUAAUUCCGCAUAUCAACAAAAACCCUCAUCCAAUAAUUGUUACUUAUUUUAUUGCUGGUUUUUAUCCUAGGAUUAUUAUGUGGCCGUAAAUAUACCCGGCACAAUAUUGCAGCGUUGGCAGGCUGCUGGCCACGCCGUGAAUGAUCUAAAACUUCAAUUUCUCGUCUAUCGUAACGCUAAAUUAUUCCCUAAUGUUAUCUCAAGCAAGACUGAGGAAAUUCUGAGAGACAGAAAUGUCUCAUCCAGUGUAUUGGCGAUUCAAAUGGGUAAGAAUAAUAAGUUCUCAUUUUGCAUAUAUAUUUUUAACUCACGGAUGUUGUGAAUCUUUGUGAUUACUUGAGUGUGGGGCAGUUAAACAAUGUGAAAUGCGCGCACUGUUUGCCUGCGAAUCGGGCCUUUCAGAACAAGAAAUCAGGCUGGAGCACGCGUUCGUUCUUCUCCUCAACGGCCUUUGAUUUUUAAAUACUGUAUAUUUUUUUAUGUCGUCGAAUUCGUGUCGUACAUAUCAGAAUAUUUAUACAAGGAUUUCUUUGGCUUAACUGGCUAAAACAGGAAAAUUGAAACUAUCGGACUAACGUUUUUUCUUUUUAUUUCAGCGAACAUAGAAGAAUUGAAUCUCACUGAUCCUCUGAUCAUCAAGUUUGCAACUCAGGUUUAUUGUUAAGAUGUUACCUAACUAGGGCCCAUUCCAUCAACACGGUCAGAUCGAUCAGAUAGUUAAGUGAAACACAAUAUUGGGGACGGUCUGACUGGAACAUUUGAAGCAGCUUGAAAGGAGAUCUAUUUUGGCCAGGUUUUUCCUGGACCAGAUCUUUCCAUAGAUACGGAGACAGAAAUUCUGGCCUGACCGGUUUGGCCGGGAAGCUCCCGUAAAUUGCCUCCUUUGCAGGCUCUCGUGUAAAAAACACGCGUGAACAUCCCAUGAUGUAGAAUUUUUUUGGUGGGAACAUGAUAGAAUUUUCUUGGCAGGACCAACAUUUUUAUAUACGAUUUCGCCCAUAUCGUAUUCUAAUAGACAACUUGCAUGUUAGACUAAUUUUUGAUUUAGACAAAAAAAAGUAAAUUCCCGUAAAGAACUUAUCAAAAUCAGUAAAAUUGCAAAAUUUGGUUACAAAAUGUUGUAAAAUACAGAAAAUAUAGCCUUGCGAAGUUUGCAUAUUUUCAGUAUGUUUGUAUUACGUUCGGAAAUUGUUACCAUUUUUGAGCCGAAAAUGGUAACAAUUUCCGCACGUAAUACAAAUAUACUGAAAAUAUGCAAACUUCGCAAGGCUAUAUUUUCUGUAUUUUACAACAUUUCGCAACCAAAUUUCGCAAUUUUACUAAUUUCAUUAUGUUCUUUUUAACUGUGGUGUUUGAUUCCCUUCUCUUUACUUAGAUUAAAAUUUAGUAUAACAUGCAAGUUGUCAAUUGAUUGAUUGCUCUGCAGAAGCCAUUGUGAUUGGUUCAUGUCAGCCAAUCAUAGUUAAGUUUUCUAUGAUAAAUGGUAAUCGUUUGCAAUGCAGAGCCAAUUCUAAAUCUAUAAUGCAAGUUGUGAGCAAGGUCUUUGAUUUUUUGUAGCCUGGAACGGAGCCUAUAGUCAGCCAUUUUGAUUUCGGUGAAGAUGGUAAGAUAAAAACUGACAUUCCAGAAUUCGUACUGGGUUUUUUUUUUCAAUUAAGCUUAUUUUGCAAUUGACUUUUCUUAGGCUAAGCUCAGUAAUGAGAAGCCACGCAUAUUCAACAUUUACAAUUUCAAUAUUACAUGUAUUGACAGUAUAUUUAUGGUACAGAAUACCUGAAAAAACUAAAAAGCUAAUGUACCAUGUAGUCUGUGCAUGUUGUGGGAUUUUUAUAAUGACACAUUAUAUGGACAACACAUGACAAAGAAACGCAACAAUGUCGCAAAUUAAAUAUAGGAAAUCACACGCCAGCGAGGUCUACUAUGAUAUAACUGAAAAUAAUAUAUAUAAUAUUCUGUAACAAUUUCAACAAACAUGAAAUUUCAAAAGAGCUAAUAGUUUGCUACGAACUUAUUUCUCAAUUUUAAUUUACAGUUUUUUUAGGGAGGAAUGCUUUAUGUCUUCAUCAAUAGCAUUCCAAACUUUAGAUCCUUUGAAUCAAAUAUUAAUUUGGUUUUGUAUUUCAUUUAGUAUUUCAUUUCUUUUUGCUGUAGGCAAGCAAUGGUCUAGGAGCACUGACUGCGUGGUUAAGGAUUCAACUGUUUCAACGACAACAGUGGAAUGUAGACGUUUGGUGAACAAAAACCUGGCCAUUAUGUCAGUAAGUAGAUUGCUGUAACUUCCAUCCAGUGUCUUCAUUGACGCUAGAUAUGAUACUGUACCUCUGCAGUUUCUAUCAAAACUCUCCCUGGAGAUCACGUCGUUCUUCAUGAGAAACUCACUUUGGUUUUCAUUUUAUUUCAAGCACUUGGGAAGUAAAAAUAUCACAUCAAAUAUAAAUGUCGUUGUCUAUCCAGUGGAGAUUGUUGUAUAUAUUGGUGCAGUUGUGACGUCACUGUUGUUGAUUGCAACUUUGAACACAUUUGCUCUCGCAAGGUAUUGUGAUAACAUUCAUGCAGUACUAUUCCACUUAGCGAACACACACCUAGUCAGUGUGCGGACCUAACGCCACGUUUACACUGGACCAGAUAGGUUUCGUAGCGACGUGAAAAAGCACCUUUCCGUAUCUUUUAGGAACGCUAUUUUAGGAACACUUUUUUGGGGAAUUAUUGCAACGGAGAGAUGUUGUCUCCAGGGGCGAAACUUGGGGAGGGUAGCAUAUAUUUCUGCGCGAAUUGCAUAUAUUUCUGCGCGAAUUGCUUGACUAGAACCGGCUAGCCAAAUAGAAUGUAUACGAAUCAUUUCGAUUGGCAGGGCAAUCAAAGAUUUUAAAUGAUAGAUUGUAGAGUUAUUAAUUAAGUAACUUAUUACAGCUAACAAACAAUAAGCAGUUCGUAUGCAUGUACAUUGGCAUCGGCAGUUCAAUUAUACACGUUGCAUGCUGCAGGGCAUCAUUUGUUUUGGCAGGGCAAUUCUGCCAGACACCCCCCGAAUUAAAAGGGGCUAGUUUCGCCCCUGGUUGUCUCGCUUAGCUUCUGAAAGUUGUACACUGUACUACAUUCCGUAUCGGAUAGGUGCCUAUUUGCAUCGUUACGAAAAGCUACCAAUUGCACCAAUUAUUUUACCUAAAACUAAUGUACUUAUUUUUCUAGAACUAUUCGAUUCAACCGUGAUGACAUCGUAAUGCUGAUGAACGCCUGCUUGGCGUUGUUGGUCGUCGUAUUGUCAUUUGCUUUCGGAAUCAACCGUACAGAAUACUCGGUUUUGUGUCGAUCAAUGGGAGUGUUUCUUCAUUUCUUCUUCUUUGCUUCACUGCUGUGGCUUGGAAGUUAUGUCGUGUGUUUGACACGUCGUUUGAUGCCUCGCAAAAAAGAAACGAGCGAGGAAGUAUUUAAUCCUGUCUUGAUGUACUAUAUGGUCAGUUGGGGUAAGUACUGCGGACGGCCGUGGUUACUUCAUGUUGUGUAUGUAUUAUCGGCCCGAAUUGCUCUAGCGAGAGAUGAUCCGUCUGGACGAGCUUGGGAAAUAUAUCCAAUAGUUCGUUUGAUAAUUUAUCUUUGUACAGAUGCGGCAAACAGCCAAUCAUCUGUCAAGCCCACUGAACUAUGCUUAUUACUGGAGGAAGUCCUCGGACAAAAAAGUGAAACCAAGAACAUGGUAGAUUUUGACGCUACUGGUUUCAUUUUUCAAAUGCCAAGUUUUUUUGUUCACUUUUUUACGGACGAAAGAUAGGAGCACGUCCUUCAGUUAUUGUAUAGCUCAGUGGUCAAGCCGGACUAUUUCCGUAUUUUGUCUACUCGGGCGAAAUUUUGUGCGUCUCGUUUCGGCAGAUAUUUCGUUAUAAGUACGUGUAUGAACAACUAUCAAGAACUAUCAAACAUAGUGUUUACGUAACUGAUAUUAAUUGCCUUCAUUUCUCAUGGUCAGGUGUUCCGGCAAUUAUUUGUGGUAUGACUAUCGCUGGCAAUAUAACGAACUACAAAGCUACAGACUAGUAAGUAAAUCCUUCUUAAGGCCGAUUCGCACUGCACAACUUUUGCCUAAAACUGUCACAUGCAACCAUACAACUUAAAUUGUACUGUGUAAAUCAAGCACACAACUCGUUUACGUCCUAGGUGAGUUGUGUGCUUAAGUUGUAAGCAGCUUGCAUGCGACUGUUUUGGGCAAACGUUGUGUAGUGUAUUAAAGAAUAAUUCAAAUGUUUACAUUUUAUACCAGGCUCCUUUAUCAAUUGUGGGUCACCAUCAAGCUUGUUUCCCAUUGUUUUCUCUAAAACGUGGUGACAUCUAGAAGUGGUGACAAAGUCACGACUUUUUAGGUUUCAUUCAUCGGGAAACUGACUAAAAAAUACCACAAAGUACAGUCUGUACAGUUGUGUGCGUAGUUUGCUUGAAAAACGUUUCCUUGUCAAGGCUACCAAUGUAUCAUGCAUUUUGUUGAUAUUUUUGCGGGUUCGUAACUUUUUACAAAACCUCAGUUAUCCCAGCCGUUCCGCAAGUUGUAAGUGUAAACUAACUGUGUCUGUUCUUUUCCAUCUACAGCUGCUGGUUGACAGAGAGCGCUGGUUUGGGUGCGUUUGUUGGCCCUGCUUGUCUGCUGUUCAUAAUCAACGCCGUCCUGCUUGUGCGUCUGCACUUACUACUGGCUCACGGUAUUAUGGACCGACGUCCUAGCGAGGAGAACACGGAAGAAGAGCGGUUACAAGCGGACGAACCGAGUGGCCUCGUGGAAGUACCGGACCCGAAUGAAAGACAGAAUGCGGAGAAGUCGGUCAUAACUCUCCACCUUGUUGCAACAUGGGUUGUCAUGUCUCUUAUUUAUCUCAAUUUUAUUUUGGCAUAUUUUCUUGUCAACUCCAGAACUUCCAAACUUCGUUGGAUUCUCCUAAGUUACGUCUAUGCGUUGGCAAAUAUAGCUUUGGGUGGCGCCAUAUUUGGGUUUCAUUGCGUUGCACGGCCGGAAGUGCGCGAGGCCUGGAAAUUUGCAUGGAAACAGGUACGGACGACGAAAAUCCGUUGCGGCCCGUGUAGAACUUUGUGGGAAGCAACCAGAAGAAAGCCAAACACUUAUUAUAUGAAUGGACGUAUUUUAGCAAACGGGCAAGUUGUCAUGCAAAGAGUCGAGUCAGACCGACAGUCCAAUAUUACUCUCCCGUCUUCAGCUGCUCUUACCAAUGAUGUGUUUGUUAAUGGCCGACCAAUGUCUAGUGCUCGACUUUCCUUACUUGAUGAAGCAGAUUUCCCCCCGGAGGAAAGUCCCCAUGCUGGGGCAGUCGAUAACGAGGUAAGGAAAGAAAACUGUUUGUUACAUUUUUAAGGCGCCGUUGACUUUUGAGUUCACAUCACACUGGAUAGGGCUGUCAAGCACACAACUCGUUGUGUGCUUGAUUUACACAAUACAAUUUAAGUUGUAAGCAGGUUGAAUGCGACUGUUUUAGGCAAAAGUUGUGUAGUGUAAACCGGCCUUCAAUACAACAAAUGUUUACAUUUUAUAUCAGCUCCUUUAUCAAUUUUGAGUGACCAUCAAGCUUGCUUACCAUUGUUCUCUCUAAAACGUGGUGACAUCUAAAAGUGGUCCGAUACUUUCGAAUUUAUACGGAUAGUGAAGAUGCUGAAAUAUUGAUUACGUUCCGUACGGUUUGUGCGGUAAUCAUUUCCUGCUAGACCUCGCACCAGAUCAUUUUUAAUUGUAUAAAAUACUUUUGUUUUUGAACAGGUCGACAUUACGGAGACCGGAAACAGCGAAGAGAACCGGCGAAGUCAAAGUUCAGUACAUUCUGAAAGAAAAAGCAGAGUGCAUGGGGAAAGUGUAUCAGAAAUAUCUCCCAGUAUACCUGAAGUUAGUGAAGAAAAUCAGAACUUGUUACCAAUUCCAUCAGAAACACACGAGGAUCACGCGGACGUUACCGAUGGCAUGACGUCAAAAUCCGAGUCUUCUGCGCCGACUGCUAUCGAAGUACCCCAGUCGUCUGUACGGCCAGACAGUCCUGUUGUCGAGUACCCACACAUUGGCCCGCACACAGGCAUGGUACGACCUUUUCUAAGCAAUGGGGGAAGACAGUUUCCACCCUCAAACCAGGUCGUACAUCCCCACCUUGCACAUCAGUUCCGGCCCGUUUAUCAGGCUCCUUUUACCCAUCAGGCUAUGCCUGCGCACCAUAUUCCACCUGCACUUCAUAUUCCACCUGCAAGCCAACACCAGCUCGCGCAUCAGGUGCUACCUGCAGGCCAAGGCCCGCCCGCCAAUCAAGUCCUACCGGUCCAUCACGUUAUUGAACCACCUCCUCCCAGUUAUCAAAAAUGUAUGGAAAUUGCAUCACAGUCAAGUUCGUCCAUUGGCGACAACUCGGUUUUAUCUCGUUCGAACUCCAAACGAAAACGUAAUUCAAACGAAUCUUUAGGUUCGCGAAACGAAUCCGGAUCAGUCGGACAGAGAUCACGGAAGCAACUUCAAGCCCAGGCCUCUAGCUCGUCCGCUAUAAGUGAAGUUCCCGGCCCAGGUUCCAGCCGGCCGAGUGACUCGGCAAACGCACGCAACGCGGCUCAGAGCCUGGGUGCUAGUAAUCCCCGACCUCAGAACCGUUAUAGAGACGGUCGCGCAAGGCCCGAACCUAAACAAUGGAAUAGGGCCACUCGGAACAAAAUUGCGUAUGUGCCGGUACCACAUGUUUCUAAGAUUCACAGAGAACCGCUACAUAAUGAAACCAGUGUGUGA